GCGUACGCGUUUAUCGAAAAAAGUCACGUGGGCUACUCGUAGUAGCGUGGCUGAUCGUAGCAAGUUCGUGUCAAAAUGUUGAAUGGAUGUUGGUGAAUUAAAUUUUUUGAGAUACUACAAACAUGGCAUAUCAUUCGAGGAGCUCGUGUGAAUCGGCAAUCGCGAGACAGAGAGAUGAAUAAGGCAGAGGACGAUGGACCGAUCACGGUUUUAUCGUCAAUGAUCCGGCUCGGCUCGCUGGCAUCAGGAUUUGUUGUGGUUUGCAGGCAAUUUGACAUGUAUACGUACGGGUCGUGUGCGACAAGCCUAACCUAUCUAUAAGGAUAUUAAAUGUUCUCGUAAUCAGAGAAAAAUUACAAGAUAAAGAAAAGGAAGAACGUUAUCGUUAACUUUAUCGUCGCUACUAUCGGAAUUAACCACGACAACGAGGAAUACGAUUGAAUUUCGAAUAUGAAUCAGAAAGUAGUCACCACGUUUUAUCUGUUGUUAAAUAUAAUAUUCUCUAUCGCUAUUGUACUGCUGAACAAAUGGCUUUACGUCAACACCGGUUUUCCCAACAUCACAUUAUCGAUGAUACACUUCAUCAUGACAUUCAUCGGCCUGAUCAUUUGUGAGAAGCUGAAUGUCUUUUGUAUAAAAAAUCUCGACAUCAAGGAGAUGAUAUUAAUUGCCAUGACGUUCUGCGGAUUUGUCGUUCUAACAAAUUUAAGUCUGGCCCAUAAUACAGUCGGCACGUAUCAGGUGGCAAAGAUGUUAACGACACCCUGUGUGAUAGUGAUGCAGAUGAUAUUUUAUAGGAAGCAAUUUAGUAUACCUGUUAAGCUGACAUUGAUACCGAUCACAUUGGGAGUAAUAAUCAAUUUCUACUAUGAUAUACAAUUCAACAUCAUUGGAACUGUUUAUGCAACACUGGGAGUAUUUGUAACAUCUCUGUAUCAAGUGAUGGUGAACAGAAAACAGAGAGAAUUUCGAAUGGAUCCAAUGCAAUUGUUAUUUUAUCAAGCACCACUGUCUGCUGUUAUGCUCUUUGUUGUUGUUCCAAUUUUGGAACCAGUUAGGCAAACAUUUGCGCACAAUUGGUCACUACUAGAUAUAAUCAUGGUUGUAUUAUCUGGAGUGGUUGCAUUUUUUGUGAAUUUGACUUCCUAUUGGAUCAUAGGGAAGACUUCACCUCUAACGUACAACAUGGUUGGUCAUUCUAAAUUUUGCCUGCUCCUAUUGGGUGGCGCGUUACUUUUUCGUGAAACGUUAGCGAUCAAUCAGUUGAUUGGUAUAACACUGACAUUAAUAGGUAUUAUAUUAUACGCCCAUGUCAAGAUGAAAGAUAAUCAUACCACAGGCCCGGAAUUCGAAACGAGAGAAACAAAACCGUUGCAUAAAGUGUGAUUCCGUUCCCGAAAAGACAGUCAAUCGAGGGAACUCGAAAUUAUAAGAAAUUUAUCAGUCAGUCGGUACUUAAGAGCGCGUAUGUUUUUUAGAUUUUAAAAUUUGUGUUACAAUAAACGCGUUAAUACAUAA